UUUGCCUCUACGGAGGACAGGCUGUCGUGACAAGGGAGGAGAGAGCUACUUUGGAAGGAGCUCAGCUGCCUCCGUGCAGUGGAGGAGGAGAGCUGCACAUGUCAGACCUGAUCAGAUCCACCGGGGUUAUCCCAGCUCCUGCGGGAUUCCAGCUCCAGGCACUAAGUGGGAAUUUUCAAGGAAGCGAUACCGGGAGUUUGCAUCAACUCUUAAUUUGGCAUCACACUGCUGCAUCUGGAUGAGGCCUCACAGGACGGAGCUGUACGAGGACCCUCCUCUGGGAUGCUGGCCCAUUGUGUAUUCCCCCGACUACAACAUCACCUUCAUGGGACUGGAGAAGCUGCACCCCUUUGAUGCAGGGAAAUGGGGGAAAAUCAUCAAUUUUUUGAAAGAAGAAAAACUAAUUGCAGAUGACUUGAUUGUGCAGGCACGGGAGGCGACUGAUGAAGAUCUCUUGGUUGUUCACACCAGGCGCUACCUUAAUAAAUUAAAGUGGUCAUUUGUUGUGGCUACAAUCACAGAAAUUCCACCAGUUGCCUUUCUUCCCAAUUUCAUUGUUCAGAGAAAAGUUCUGAAACCACUACGAACCCAGACAGGAGGAACAAUAAUGGCAGGAAAGCUUGCUGUGGAUAGAGGCUGGGCCAUCAACGUGGGGGGUGGUUUCCAUCACUGCUCCAGUGACAAAGGGGGAGGAUUUUGUGCAUUUGCUGACAUCACACUGGCCAUCAAGUUCUUAUUUGAGAGAGUACAAGGAGUGUCUAAAGCCACAAUUAUUGAUCUGGAUGCCCAUCAGGGAAAUGGCCAUGAGAGAGACUUUAUGGAUGAUCCUCGGGUUUAUAUUAUGGAUGCAUACAAUAGAUAUAUUUACCCAGGGGAUGGUUUUGCUAAACGUGCCAUAAAACGCAAGGUGGAACUGGAGUGGGGCACAGAGGACACCGAGUACCUGCAGAAGGUGCAGACCCACGUGGAGGGAGCCCUGAAUGAAUUCCAGCCUGACAUCAUUGUCUACAAUGCUGGCACUGACAUUCUGGAUGGGGAUCCCCUGGGAGGCCUGGCCAUUUCCCCCCAGGGCAUUGUGAAGAGGGACGAGGUGGUGUUCAGGGCUGCCAGGAGCCGCGGGGUGCCCGUGCUCAUGGUGACAUCCGGCGGGUACCAGAAGAGGACGGCGCGCAUCAUCGCCGACUCCAUCCUCAACCUGCACAGCCUGGGGCUCCUGGGCAGGCAGCAGCCAGCCUGUGCCCUUGGGAGUCCCAGCCUGGAUCAGAUGGUCAGAGACUCUGCCAAGGACUUCAGCAACUUGUCACUGCAGUGACAGGUCACUGAAUGUUGGUCACAUAAACCCAGAGGCAAUACAGAGUAACUCUGUCUAACUGCCGAAUUUAUCUUGAGCUAAGGCAACACAUCCUUUUAAACUAAUUGAGAUAUGCACUCAAGGGUACUAUCUUUGUGUCUAAUAUUGCUGUAGAAAGCUUAAUUUGCUUCUCUGAUUAAAGAGUGUGGGGUGGAGGGGGGUGGGACUGUUAUGUUAGAAGAUCUAUGCAGUUGGUAUCCAAAGACUGUCCCAGACCUGUUUCAGAUGGUGCAGCAUGGUCUGAGGUGGGAGGAAUAUGGACUAAAGCUAUUGUUUUGUGGGGUUUUUUAAAUACUGCAUUUUAUUUAUUGCUUUUUAAAUUGAAAUACUGUUAUAAAACAAGUUCUGUGCAGACUUCAGCUGUCAGUGUAACACUAAAGGGAAGUGCAAUACUGUAAAAGCCAGGGCAGUUUAUUUAUGGCUUUGAAGCCAUAGACAGUUAGAAGGAAUGUUUGUAAAUUCACUUUAUUCCUGUUGUUGAUGGUGACUUAAAUCUUGCUCAUAAAGACCUUGUGAAAUAGAAUAUGAAACACCUUUGGCUCCAUAUGCAGAUGAGCCAUAAGGGCUCACCAUUUCCAGUCUGGUGUUCCAGAUGAGCUCUGCAUGUGACAGGCAGUAGUUCCCAUGCACUGUAACUCACACACAGAGGAACUACAGUCCAGUGAAAGCUGAUCUUACAGUUCUCAGCAACCCUGCCAAAAAACUAUGUAGAAAUAUAGGCUGUCUUACUUAUUGCCAUGUAUAAAACAGUGAGGAGUAGAUUUAAAUUAUUUUUCCCCAACUAAUGCUGUGCUUUUCACUUGCUCAGAGAUCAAUGGUACUUCUAGUUGCAGUCAUAGUUGGUAAGCAAAUCCUUCAUUUUUCUUGUUCAUUAAGGAAUGCAGUGACAUUCCUACAUUGAGAUAAUGUGCUAACUUUAUAUGGAGCUUUUAGGAGGAUUUGGGACAAAAUAAUGUAUUCAAAGCAAAUUCAGUUGCACUACCUGGGAAGUUUGGCAUUAGGUACUGUUUGUACCAGUGGGUUCUAAAUGUACUACUAAACUGUAUAUUUUGCAAGAGCUUUUAUAACUUUCAUUGAUUUGUACAACAGGUUUUAUGUUGUGUUUAGGUUGGAGCCAUCCUGUGAGGGAACACCAGGGUUUUCCUUGUAGAGUUGUUGUGUAAGCUAUUUAAGGAAUGUUUAAUUCUAAUACUUACCUCAUUUAGUGUUCAUGUCAUGGAGUUUGUCCAUUGUAGGAAUUGCACAGCUGCUAUAAAUACCUGCUUUAAACCAGAUCUGACCUAUUGCACUAAGCUUAAGUUGCUACGCUGGGAUUAAAGAGCACUUUUAAAAUUCUUACUAGAAGGACCAUCAGAGUAUGACUAAUGUUGAGAUUUAUUUUUUCUAUACUGUCUGACAUUACUGAAAGGUGUUGUUAUUCUUUCAUAUAAUUUUUAUAAAAUUCUAGAUUACAUUUCUAUGAACUAAACCCCCAUCAUAACACCAUAUGGUCUUUCCCCAAACAUUUGCUGUCUGUGUUAACAUGUUUCUAUAAUUUCCCCUCAGUGGAGAUUAAAAUUAUGUUGAACAAUG